AUGCCCCUCUCGCCUCCAUCACAUCCCUCCGCCUCCCGCCGUCACUUCGUGCUCAUCUUCUUCUCUUCUCCGGCGAUAGGCGGCGCCUCAAAGCUUUUCAUGCUCCUCUUCAACCCCAUACCUCGCCUCUACCACUUUGCCCCCUCCCCCCUCCGCCCUCCGCCCUCCGCCAUCCUCGUUCCGGACCACUCUCCACCUCCGCCGGCCGUCGCCUUCUCCAUCCACUCUCUCUCCAUCUCACCUCGAUUUCGCCAUGGAUGUAGAAUACGAUGUCAUACAUCGGCGAGUGCAUUCUCAGCGUCCUUCUCUCCUGUGAAGUGGCUUGAGAAGGACAACGUUAGGCUGUUCUCGCAUCAAAUUCCAGCUAGAAAGCUCACAGAUAUGGAGGGAGUGGACUUUCCGGGGGAGUGUUGGGAGCUAGAUCCUGCAUCACUCCCCGCUGAUUUGCUUCGCCUAGAUCAUUUGGAGACAAAGGUGGUGCUCAAUUAUAUGUUCCCAAAGAUGGUGGCUGACAGGAAGUUUUGGUUGCAAAGAAAAAAAAAUUUGAUCAUAUUGUUAUUCAGACCACAGAGAUUGGUGAAAUAAAACCGCAGAAUGUUGCAGAAUGAUGAAAACUCAUCUUGUGGAAAGAAGGAAGAACACAAAAUCAAAAGUAGACUCAAACUAGUAUUUAGAGGUGUAAAUUAACAAGAGAUACUUGUAUUUAGGGCCCUGUUUGGUUAGAGGGAAUGAGAAUAUGGG